AUGAAAUCUACGAUGACACCAAAACUUUGACAUGCAGGGCCGGCCAGCUGUUAAUCGUCUUUAGAAACCCUCUAGGAUAGACAUUAGUGUUAUUACCUGAUUCACAACCUGAAGAGAUGUCAGACGGAUCGAUGGAUCGCGAGAUCAAGGUGUUGAUGGUGUGUUUAGGCAGCAUCUGCCGAUCACCGAUGGCAGAAGCUGUCUUCCAAGCUCAAGUCAAACAACGGAACCCCGAAAUUCAGGGAAAGAUCGUCAAGAUCGAUUCAUGUGGGACGGGGGCUUAUCAUGUCGGUGACGAUCCUGACGAGCGGACGGUACAGACGUGUAAGAAGCACAAGGUCCCGAUAAACUCGGUCGCCAGAGCGUUGAGUAAAGAAGACUUUCACGAAUUCACACAUAUCCUCGCUAUGGACCAGAUGAACCUGCGGAAUAUCAACAACGUCCGCCCUGCCAACUCCCAAGCCAUCGUCUCCCUCUUCUCCGCCUUCGACCCCAACUCCAAUUCCACUACCACCAAGAGCAAACCCGUGGAUAUAGUCGACCCUUACUACGGAUCAGGAAUGAGCGGCUUUGAGAGGUGUUACAACCAAUGCGUGGACUACUCGAAUGGGUUCUUGGAUCAGCUUGAGGCGGGGGAAUUGGAGGUCCCUGUGGAUAGGAGGAAGGUCAAGAAGGCGGGACUGUAGAUUUCCAGGGAGUAGAGGUGGAUGGUGGGAAUAUGAGAUGUUACGACCGAACGAGGAAGAGGUUAACUAGCAUAUCACCCGGUACUGGGCGUCCGAAGUCAAGGCGUCCAAGCCGGAGGCGGACAAAGUCGUGUACAGUAGUAUCUCAAGAAAGGCCAGACUGAACUACAGCGAAGCUGAAACGUAACAUCGUAGCACCGGAACAUUCUCCUACGAUCUACGACGGCCGUUCUGUACAGCUUCUUGCCUCAUGUUAGUGUGCGAUAUCAGAUUUGACGCUGGACUCGAUUGACGUUUCACCAC